AUGCUGAGUUGGAGGAAUUAUAUAUCACUAUAUUAGCCUAUAUUUUGUCAUUUUAAUCUGAAUCUGCAGAGUAGAUUAAACUGUCAGAUGAAUGUAUUUAAAUAAAAGGAGUAGGAGUAUAACGUUGCAUACAAAUAGUAAUACUCAGGUUUAGUACCAGCAACAAACAUGUUGUAUGUCAAACUUGCAGUUCCCCUUCCGGCCAUCCGGUGGCGGUAUGUGAAACUGGUUCGCAUUUACAACACCAACGAAGAAGAAGAAGCUAAUCUGUGGUGUUAGCAAACCGACAACAAAUAAACAGAAAAACUUACACGGUAGCAAAAUGUCAGCGGAUACUAAGAUUGCCGAGCUGCUCACAGAGCUCCAUCAGCUCAUCAAACAGACCCAGGAGGAGAGGUCACGCAGUGAACAUAAUCUGCUCAACAUUCAGAAAACACAUGAGAGGAUGCAGACGGAAAACAAAACUUCUCCAUAUUACCGCACCAAGCUCAGAGGACUGUACACCACAGCCAAAGCAGAUGCUGAGGCAGAGUGCAGCAUUCUGCGCCAUGCUCUCGAUAAAAUUGCAGAGAUCAAGUCGUUGUUGGAGGAGAGGAGAAUAGCUGCUAAGAUGGCGGGGGUGUACAGCGACAGCGACCCUCCCAGGAAGACGAUGCGGCGCGGCGUCCUGAUGACGCUCCUCCAGCAGUCUGCCAUGACGCUCCCACUGUGGAUCGGCAAGCCGGGGGAGAGCCCGCCCCCUCUGUGCGGGGCGACCCCUGCCAGCAGCGAUUACGUGGCCAAACAGGGCGACAAGGUGGCGGCGAGGGUGAAGGCCGUGGACGGAGACGAGCAGUGGAUCCUGGCCGAGGUGGUCAGCUACAACCACUCCACCAACAAGUAUGAAGUGGACGACAUCGAUGAAGAAGGCAAAGAGAGACACACUCUGAGCAGACGGAGGAUCAUCCCUCUGCCUCAGUGGAAGGCCAACCCGGAGACGGACCCAGAGGCUCUGUUCAGUAAGGACCAGCUGGUGCUGGCCCUCUACCCCCAGACCACCUGCUUCUACAGGGCCCUCAUUCACACCCCCCCACACAGGCCUCAAGACGACUACUCGGUGCUGUUCGAGGACACGUCGUACGCAGACGGCUACUCCCCCCCGCUCAACGUGGCUCAGAGAUAUGUGGUCGCCUGCAAAGAGAACAAGAAGAAGUGACCAGCGACGGGAAAUCACAGAUGAUUUCUAUUUUUGUAGGAAAAGAUGCUCGGAAGUAUUUGUCAAAAAACGAAAUAGGCUUUUGGAGCAGAUUCACCAGGUCAUAAAACACCUGAACAGACAUUUUAAUACUUGUCAUCUUUUUAAUGAGACUGUCAAUAUCAGCACCAAGACCAUGAGGAGUGAACCUGAACGUCUCAUUGGGAAAAAAAUGUAACUGUGUCCUAAAUUUAUACUGCAUACUGUAGUCGUGUGUUCACAGGGGAAAAGUGACAAAUAAAGUAUUAAAGACUGUCAAUACUGACUUAAGUGUGCUGUUGACACACUAUUUUCACACAAUGCAUUGCACAAAAGCGCUGAAGGAGCUACUCAAAAAUAGUUGAGAAUGAUGUGUUUGUAGAUCAGUUCAUUAAAUAGUAGUUUCAACUCUGAGAGAAAAAUGUGAAAAACUUUUUUUUGUUUUUGAACAGACAAGACACUAAUAAACUAAAACAGUGAGGAAUGCAACAUUGAAACAGUAAAACAAAUGUGGAGUAAGAUAUAUAGUAGGAGUUAUACAUUCAAAUAAAAUUAUGUAUUGCAGGUAUUCUAAUGCAGAAUACAAAUAAAAGAAGAUGGAGGGGAAAAAAACAUCAGACACCCGCUUCCAUUAAAGCUGACCUCCUUCAAUUGCUUGUGUAAAACUGCGUUGUAUUUAUGUAUUUUGUAAUUAUUGCAGUAACCAAAUGAAAUGUAUAUUACUGUAUGCAUAAUUCAUUUGGACACAGAAGUUGUAUUUUAUUUGGACAUUUUCCCCAGCCAGGAGCAGCAUCUAGUGGCCAGUAAAGGAACGUUUUACUCAUGAACCUGCGGUGGUUGAUCUCCCUUUGAGAGCCCAAACUGUUUAUUUUAUAACUGUAAAGUGUUGAUAAUUGUUGUGUGAAACAGAAACAAAGAUGUUUUCAUGCGUCA